AUGUGCUACAACGUUAAUGGUGUAAGGUUACAUGCAGCACAUCCUACAUACAGACAUCCUACAUACAGUGUACAAUAUAAUUCGCAUCUUUCACAUUUUGAAAUUCCUCUCAGCCAGCCUUCCAUGAAUGACAAGUACGAGCCUAUAGGCCGUGCCGGUGUCUCCUCCAGGCGCUACCUAUACUCGGGUGCGCUCCUAGGCAUACUAGUAUGGGGUGUGCUGUUUCUUCUCAUCACCAUAUCCAAUUUUCAUAUUCAUCCUUCCCCGGCUCAAAUUGAGCAAUAUCUCAAAAAUGCCCCGCCGCCCUUGUUGUAUGAUCAUCGUCAUUCAAAGAUUCAGGGACCACGGCUCAAUGUUUCUUCAUACCGUGAUGGGCUUUUCCGACCAGAAUUUACCUCUGUUCAAUGGAUUCAUGAUCGCACCAUGGACGGCACUUUUGUAUUGACCCAUGACUCGUCGCAUGUGAUCAAGUCUAUCAUUGACGAGAGCUACGAAUAUGUUCUUUUCAACUCCACCGACUUUGUUUACGACGGAAAAACCUAUACGGUUGAAGGACUCACAGCAUCUCCCGAUAUGACCAAGGCUAUUCUUAGAACAAAUGUCACUCACAAUUGGAGACAUUCGACUUUUGCCUUAUACUGGACCUUGGAUGUUGCCAGCCAGAUUAUCGAGCCUGUGUAUCCUGAACCGCUCGCGGUGACAAGCUGGUCCCCCAAAUCGGACGCUAUAGCAUUUGUCUACCAAAACGACGUUUACGUCAAGCGGCUGAACGAGGUCACUAGGUUCACUCACGAUGGCAAUGCCAACGUUUUUAAUGGUAAGCCGGACUGGGUGUAUGAAGAGGAAGUGUUUUCCAGUGAUAUCGUUCUUUGGUGGUCUCCUGAAGGUGAUAAAAUUGCAUUUUUGAAGCUGAACGAUACCGAGGUUCCUGAGUAUCCUAUUCAGUACUACGUUCAACAAGACAAGGAUUACCCUGAGGUACGUAAUAUCAAGUACCCUAAGGCAGGCUACCCCAACCCUGUUGUUGAAUUGGUUGUGGCUGACGUUAACGACGCAUCUUCUGUCUCCAAUAUAUUUCUCUCGUCUUUGCCUGAGUACCUUAUCACUGAGGUUCUUUGGGUUUCUGACGACAAUGUAUUGGUGAAAACGAGCAAUCGAGCCAGCGAUAUUCUUGAAAUCUUCUUGGUGGAUGCUGCUCAAAAGACACCUAAAAAAGUUCGCCAGCACAAAGCGGAAAAAUCAUGGUUUGAAGUUCUGACGAACACCCGUUAUAUUACCAAGAAUAAAGCCGUGGGCAGGAACCACGACGGAUACAUCGACACCGUGGUGGUUGACGGCUACAAUCAUUUGGCAUACUUUUCUCCCCCAGACAACCCUCAUCCAAAGAUACUCACCAAGGGUAACUGGGAAGUUGUUGGUGGAGUUAAAGCAUUUGAUGAGGAACGUAACCAGGUGUAUUUCAUUGGAACCAAAAAAUCGUCAGUUGAGAGACACUUGUAUUCAGUCAACUUGUUAGAAGGUGAAUCUUCGAUUAACGAGAUCACCGAUACAGAGGAAGAAGGAUGGUACUCUGCUUCAAUUUCAUCAGGAUCGCGCUAUCUUCUCUUGACUUAUCAAGGGCCCAAGGUUCCGUAUCAAGAGCUUGUGGAUCUUCACACACACAAGCACAUCAAGUACGUCGAGACCAAUGACGAAUUGAAGAACACAUUAAACACUCACCAGGUCCCUCGAGUCGAGUAUCUGGUGAUUUUUCUCGGAAAAGAUGAAGAUGGUAACGACAUUAAAGCAAAUGCCAAAGAAACCUUCCCACUAAACUUCGACUCAUCCAAACAGUACCCCGUCUUGUUUUAUGUUUAUGGAGGACCAGGAUCGCAGAUGGUUACCAAGUCUUUCUCGGUAGAUUUCAGUGCUUUGGCAGCGGCAGAAUUAGAUGCAAUUGUUGUCACCGUAGACGGAAGAGGCACUGGUUUCAAUUCGUAUGGAGAUUCCAAUUUUAAGUUCUGUGUCAGAGACCACUUGGGACACUACGAGCCGAUUGACCAGAUUGCAGCUGCUAAAAUUUGGAGUCGAAAGUCUUAUGUAGACUCCAGUCGUAUGGCUAUUUGGGGCUGGUCUUAUGGAGGUUUCCUCACCUUGAAAACCUUGGAAACGGACGCAGGCUCAGUAUUCUCGUACGGAGCAGCAGUGGCACCAGUAACCAAAUGGAAACUCUAUGACUCCAUUUACACCGAAAGGUACAUGCGGACACCGCAGGAGAACCCAGAUGGAUAUCAGACAGCUUCGAUUCACAAUGUUACUCAAUUCAAGGAUGUGACAAGGUUUCUCAUUAUGCAUGGGUCUGGCGACGAUAAUGUCCAUUUUCAAAACACAUUGGAGCUAAUUGACGAAUAUAAUUUAGCGGCGGUGGAGAAUUUUGAUUUCAUGGUGUUUCCUGACUCGGACCAUUCGAUUUCGUACCACAACGGUAACAAUGUGGUUUAUGAUAGAUUGCUCACCUGGUUGGAUCGGGCAUUUUCCGGUGAGUUUGUAUUAUUGUAG